AAUAACACAGCAUCAGCGCGUGGCGUCUUGCUCUCUCCGCUUUUAACAAAGCUUCCAGUCACUUUCAAAACCCUCACUAGUCCUACACAAUGCUGUGUAUGCGAGCACGGCCUUUCUUAACGACGUCUACAUUUUCCAUCACUUUCUCACCUCCCAAACGCCUCCCUCGCCUCACACCACGCACUUUCUCCGUCAGACCAACCAUGUCGUCAACCAUCGAGCACAUCGUCCUCUUCAAGGUCAAGUCCGACACCGACCAGUCCAAAGUCAACACUAUGAUUAACAACCUCAACGGCCUUGUCUCCCUUGACCAGGUUCUCCAUCUCACCUCCGGUCCGGUCAUUCGAACCGGAUCUUCUCUCUUUUCAUUCACUCACAUGCUUCACAGCCGCUACAACUCUAAGGAUGAUCUGGAUGCCUACUCUCAACACCCCGCUCACAUGAGUGUCGUCAAAGAAUCGGUCCUGCCGAUAUGUGAGGACGUAAUGGCCGUCGAUUGGGUGGCCGAUCAAUCUCCUAAUCCUGUGGCUCUACCAGCCGGGUCGGCCAUAAGAAUCACCUUUUUAAAAUUGAAAGAAAAUUUAGGCGAGGAAGUGAAAAACGAAAUAUUAGGGGUAAUCAAAGGACUUAAGGCAAGUUUUGGGGGAAUUGAGCAACUCACUUGUGGAGAAAACUUUUCCCCAGUCAGAGCAAAAGGGUUUUCGAUUGCUUCGAUUGCCGUUUUCAAGGGAGUGAAGGAACUGGAGGAGGCUGAUUCUAAUGAGGAGUUGGUGAAAUUGCAGAAAGAGAAGAUUAAGGAGUAUUUGGAGGGCGUGAUUGUCGUUGAUUAUGUGGUGCCUUCUGCUUCCAGUCUCUAGAAAUUGUAUCUCUUUAUGGGUAUGCUAUCAAGACACCGACUUGUUUAAGAAUCAAUAAAAAUAUUGACUGGAUUAUCAA